GAUGACAAUGAAGAGAACUCCAACGAUGGGACCCAGCCAUCCAAGAGGAGGCGAAUGGGCUCUGGAGACAGUGCCAGGAGCUGUGAGACUUCGAGUCAGGACCUAGGGUUCAGUUACUAUCCUGCGGAAAAUCUGAUCGAGUACAAAUGGCCCCCCGAUGAGACCGGCGAGUACUACAUGCUUCAGGAGCAGGUCAGCGAGUACCUGGGCGUGACCUCCUUCAAACGCAAGUACCCAGAUUUAGAGCGACGAGAUUUGUCCCACAAGGAGAAACUGUACCUUCGAGAGCUGAAUGUCAUCACAGAGACGCAGUGCACUCUAGGCCUGACCGCAUUGCGCAGCGAUGAAGUGAUUGAUCUGAUGAUCAAAGAGUACCCCGCCAAGCACGCCGAGUAUUCCGUGAUACUCCAGGAGAAGGAGCGCCAGCGGAUCACGGACCAUUAUAAGGAGUACUCCCAAAUGCAGCAGCAGAGCACACAGAGAGUGGAGGCCAGCAAGGUGCCUGAAUACAUCAAGAGAGCUGCCAGGAAGGCCGCGGAGUUCAACAGCAGCCUGAACCGGGAGCGCAUGGAGGAGAGGAGAGCAUACUUCGACUUGCAGACACACGUCAUCCAGGUCCCUCGGGGGAAGUACAGAGUGCUGCCCACGGAGCGGACCAAGGUCGGCUCGUACCCGGUGGCCCUCAUCCCUGGGCAGUUCCAGGAAUAUUACAAGAGGUACUCGCCGGAUGAACUGCGGUACCUGCCGUUGAACACAGCGCUGUACGAGCCCCCUCUGGACCCCGAGCUCCCGGCUCUGGAUAGCGAUGGUGACUCGGAUGAAGCCGAAGAUGGGCGAGGGGACGAGAAAAGGAAAAGCAAAGGCACUUCUGACAGCUCCUCCGGCAAUGUCUCUGAAGGGGAAAGCCCACCUGACAGCCAGGAGGACGCCCUGCAGGGAAGACAGAAGCCCAAAGACAAAGCUGCUGCUGCUGCUCGGAAAGAGGGUUCCAAACGCUCUGUACUGUCCAAGUCAGUUCCUGGGUACAAGCCAAAGGUCAUUCCCAGUGCUCUAUGUGGAAUUUGUCUGAAGGGUAAGGAGUCCAACAAGAGAGGAAAGGCUGAGUCGCUUAUACACUGCUCCCAGUGUGGUAACAGUGGCCACCCUUCCUGCCUGGAUAUGACCGUGGAGCUUGUUUCAAUGAUUAAGACCUACCCAUGGCAAUGUAUGGAGUGUAAAACGUGUGUUAUGUGUGGACAGCCCCACCACGAAGAAGAGAUGAUGUUCUGUGAUGUGUGUGACAGAGGCUACCAUACUUUUUGUGUGGGCCUUGGUGCUAUUCCAUCAGGUCGCUGGAUUUGUGACUGUUGUCAGCGAGCCCCCCCGACACCCAGGAAAGUGGGCAGAAGGGGGAAAAACAGCAAGGAGGGAUAAAAUAGUUUUUUUGACCCUAAUACUGUAUAUGCAUUUAAGUGAAAUAUUUGGUGCCAAUUUAUUUACAAUAUUCUCAUUUUUAUGCCAAUAAAACAUUUUUGAAAUUAAC